AUGUCCAAAGUCAAGGUGGACGCUGUGCUGGAGGAGCCCAGCGUGGCGCGGGCCCUGGUCCGCGGUGUGGGCGGCUUUUCGCUGGGCUUGGCCUUGGCCACGACCUAUGGGCUUCUGGAGCUCCUGGUGGAGGGCCACAGCCCCUGGGCCUGUCUGGUAGGCACCGUUGCUUUGGCAAUCUUUCUUAGCCUGGGCAUGGGAUUCUCCAGUAAGGUCCGCGUCUCUGUCUUCCUGCUGCUUCCCCAGGCCUUCUCCAAGCAUGGCCGGACACUGCUGCUGUUGGCUGCGUUUGGGAUAGUGCUACAAGGGCCUUGUACCAACACGCUGCGCAACUUUACUCAGGCCAGCGAGGCUGUGGCCUGUGGGGCAGAGCUGGCCUUGAACCAGACUGCUGAGCUCCUAGAGCGGGUUAAGAAGCCCCUUGUCAGUGCCCUGAGCAAGAUUAAAGCUAUUGCCCAGAAGGCCAAAGUGGUGGCUGACCGGGUCCGCAAGUUUUUCCGGUCAAUCAUGGACGGAGUGAAGCAUGUAGUCAGGGCCCUGCGGAACGUGUGGUAUUGGCUUCUCCACAUUGGUGACGUGUGCAACUCGGAGGUGGGUAACCCUUACAUGAAGUGCGCUAAGGUUUUUGACGACGCCAAGGACAAGUGCAUGAAGGCCUUGCCGGUAGCCUUCUUCCUGUGUUACGUGAUCACGCCCUUCAAAGUGGUGCUCUGUGGACUUGCCAGCGUAAUCCAGGUGUUCUGCAUCAUCCCCAAGUACAUCCAACCCUUCCUGCACAAGGUCAUCGGUACCCCCCUGCGACAGCUGAUUAACCAGGUGCGGAAGGAGUUUGAGUUCAACAUGACCGCCACCCACCACUUCUCUGUGGAUCUCAAUGCCUCUCGAAGCCUGUCCCAGGUGGCUCUAGAUCUCCAUGAGGCUGUCAGCCUGAAGGUGCACCGUGUGCGGGAGGCCCUGUCUCUGAUGGGCUACACCAUGCCUCUGUUGCUGUCGUUUCUCUACCUCCAAGCUUUGUUUUACCGGUACGCCUACCUGAACUGGGACAGUUUUGACAACAUCUACAUCACCAGCCGCUUCCUGCAUAUGGAGCACGCCCGAUCUAUGGCAGGACUGCCCACAGUGCUGCCUCUCAGGGCUCACGAGGCCAAACGCUACAUUCGGCCAAACUCCAUCCGCCUGUCCAACUGGGAGAAGAUCUUGUAUGUGGUGGACAUGUUUAGCCUUAUUCGCCACAUCAUCCUGGUGGUGUUCCUGCUCUUUUUGGACUAUGCUGUCUUCUGGGUGCUCGACCUGGCCCGGCACCAGCUCCAGGGGGACAUUGUGGCUCGAAGUCCUGUGUUAGUGUCUGUCACUGUGGAAGGGACUGGCUAUACUGGGAAUAUUUACCGUGACCUGGUGUCAGCCUUCAGUGUCCUGCAAAAAGGGAACAUCACUAUCUUGUCCCAACGCUGCCGCCUGCACCUCUCAGAACCAGACUUCAAUGGUUACAUACUCAUUGGUAUUAUGUAUGGCGUAUGCUUCUUCGUCACACUGUUUGGCAGCUAUGUCAGCCGGCUGCGGCGGGUCAUCUGUGCUUCUUACUACCCAGCCCGGGAGCAGCAAAGGAUCUCUUACCUCUACAACUUACUGCUGAGCCGCCGAACCAGCCUGUUGGCCUCAGUGCAGCAAGCAGUGAGGCGACGGGCAGCUGACCAGGGCUACCUGAGUGUCCCCGAGCUGCUGGCUAUUCGGUGCCCCUUCCUAAGGACAUUUCUCAGACCCUUUCAGCCACCUCAAGCCCGGUGCUUGGGCUGUGGGAAGCCAGAAGUUGAAGGGGACCUCGAGGACUUUGUGUCCUGUAGUACUCCAGGCUGCCAAGGUAUAUACUGCCACACCUGCUUCCAGCUCCUGGACAACACCUGCUGCCUGUGUGCAUCGCCCCUCUCCACCCAGGGGAACCUGGACAUGGAACUGGACUCUAGUGAUGAGGACAGUCCCCAUCUAUGGCUGGCCGCAGCCCCAAAGGACCCGGAGCAGGAACCGAUUCUACAGUCACAGCUGCGGGAAGCACUGAGCAAGAGUUUCUCUGAGGAGUCCACCACUGAAUCCAGUGACCUGGAUGAAGAGAGGACUCCGAACAGGCAUCCACAGGUCCUACCUAAAGCCCGUCAGUCUUCUGAUACUCCCUUGUUCGGGACUCCGAAAAUGAAGAGGCACCCACAGGUACUACCUGAAGCCCAAAAGAAGAGGCACCCACAGGUCCUACCUAAAGCCCAAACGAAGAGGCGUCCACAGGUCCAGCCUAAAGCCCAAACGAAGAGGCGUCCACAGGUCCAGCCUAAAGCCCAAACGAAGAGGCGUCCACAGGUCCUGCCUAAAGCCCAAACGAAGAAGCGUCCACAGGUCCUGCCUAAAGCCCGUCAGUCUCCUUAUACUCCCUUGUCCGGGAACAGCAGUUCCCAGAGAACUUCUGAGGCGGCCUCUCAGAAAUCCUCUGCCUCGGUGGUCUCCCAGAAAUCCUCUCAGAAAUCCUCUGCCUCCAAAGUAAGCUCCUCAGCAGCCUCAAGCCGGGCCACCACUCCUGCCCUUUCUGAUCCCUCCCUUCCACUCCAAAAAUAAAGGAACCAAAAGCAGACACA